AUGCCUGUUCAACAGUCUCCUUCGAAUACCACGCCCUCACAGCAAGAGCAAUUUAUAUUAAUUGUUGCAGCAAUAAUAUUACCUCCAUUGGCUAUAUUUUUGAGCAAAAAGUAUUCUAUUUGGAAUAAGGAAUUUUGGAUUUCUGUCGUUUUGACCUUGAUUGGACAUAUUCCUGGUGCUAUAUUUGCUGUAUACUAUUUGUUGUAUGUUCAAUAUCCACAACAAGGUGUUGAAGGUUACACUCAAUUACCUGAUGAUGUGGAGCAACAAUUACAUGCUGAGCAUCAACAAGAGCUGAACCAAGAGCAACAACAAGGUAUUCGUAUUUAUCAUGAUGAAGAACAUGUUCAACCCAAGGAGAAUCAAAUCUUGACUGCAAACGAUUUGCCUAGUUAUGACGACAUUGUUGGUUCAUCUGAGGGUACUACGGAACACCGCGAUGUCAAGGGUGGAGACAAUAAGAUUCAACACUGA